GAGUGAAGUCCUUAUUACUGUAGCUAGAGACUGAACCUCCAUUUCCAUGUCCCAUAAGUCUACAACCAAGGCUUCCAGGUAUUACACCUGGGAGGAGAGUGUAACAAAUAAUGGAAAACAAAACACUCAAAUGUCUUACAUGAAAUAAGUGUUAGCUGACACAUCUGAGACUUUCAAAGUAAAUGGCUUCAGCUAAAGAAAUUAAAAUUUGCACUUACUGCUGUAUCCUUAAUGUUAGGAAUUGCUCAUCUCCAGAGAUUCACAGAAAGCACUAAGGAACUCAUGGGAAUUCUCUCAUUCUUGUUUCAUGUGUAGAUUCGGAUGGCUCGUAUGGAUCCGGAGUACUUUAUGAAGAUCGUCAAAGCCAACGAUCUGGUGAAGGCCAAUGCGGCGUGCAGGCCAAUUAUCACUGAUGUCAUGAAGGUCAUCUAUGAUCUUCAUGAUGAAAGUCCACUCUCUGAUUUUGAGAACCCACUGAUCCGCCCGCGCUUGCCCUCUGACAUUUUGCUGGCUGUUGGUGGAUGGAACAUGCACACGACAAACUGCAUCGACGCAUAUGACACACGGGCCGACCGCUGGGUGGAUAUCACGCAGGAGGAGCAGAGCAACCUAGCUGGUCAUGGCACGGUGUACCAUGAUGGGUUUGUGUACUGCAUUGGGGGGUUUGAUGGGCAAAACUUUAUCGAUACCGUGCGCAGAUACGACCCGAUCACACGAGCAUGGCAGCAGAUGGCCCCAAUACACUGGCAGCGCUGUAAUGUUAGUGUGGUCGUGCUCGAUGGGCUCAUCUAUGCCAUGGGUGGCCAUAUUGGUUUCUGGCCCCUCGACAUCGUAGAGUGCUACAACCCAAAAACCAAUGAAUGGACCCAGAUCGAGUCCAUGAAUGAGAGGAGAAACGAUGCCAGCGCCACCACCCUGAAUGGCAAGAUAUACAUCUGUGGGGGCCACAAUGGAACAGAGAGCCUAUCUACAGUGGAGUGCUUUGACCCCCUCACUAACGAAUGGAGCUUGAUCACUCCAAUGAGCAUUCCCCGUCACAGCCUUGGAGUCACGGCGUAUAAAGGGAAGAUAUAUGCGGUGAGUGAUUCCUUUCUGUGUCAAAUCUCACAUUUUACCUGUAAGACUCAUGGUUUUUUUGUCUUUGCUGCUGUGUCUUUCAUUGUGAUACAUUUAAACCAAACAAAACAGUUAAAUGCCAGAAAUACCUGCUGCAAAGGCUUAUCUUAAUACACAUAAAAAACAUACAUGCUACCCUCUUUAGCCUCCCUG